CCUCCAACAACGCCGACAGAAAAUGGCGUCCGCCUGAAAAUUGUUGUUUCGAUUGGAAAAUCCACGCUCAUUUGACCAGCGAAUUGCGAAAAGAUGGCCCUGCCCAGCAACUACAAGCAGAUAGCCGUUGGCGGCCAGGGACCGGGUCCAGCCACACCACUCCAGGGCGUCGUGGGCGGUGGCGGAGGCUCCGGUGGCGGCAGCCGGUCGCGUUCAUCCGGCGGCGGAGGAGGUGGCGAUCGGAACAAGGAUCAGACGCCCAUCUUCACGCACAGCAACUAUGGGAAUCCGGCAUUCACGCCACAGAAGGUGACCAAGUCGUCGAGCAGCAAGAACCAGAACGAAUCACGGCUACCCAAGCCACCAAAGCCGCCGGAGAAGCCCAUUCUGCCAUACAUGCGGUACUCGAAACGGGUUUGGGACAGCGUCAAGGCGCAACAUCCCGAGCUGAAGCUCUGGGAGCUGGGCAAGAAGAUCGGCGCCAUGUGGAAGCUGCUGCCCGAGGAUGAGAAGACGGAGUUCAUCGACGAGUACGAGGCGGAGAAGCUGGAGUACGAGAAAUCGCUGAAGGCCUAUCACCAGACGCCCGCCUAUCAGGCUUACAUGUCGGCCAAGAGCAAGGUGAAGACCGACGUGGACAUGCACGAGACGCCGUCACGCGGUGGCGGCAGUAAGUCGCAGCACGAGCGACGCAUCGACAUCCAGCCGGCGGAGGACGAGGAUGACCAGGACGAAGGCUAUACGGCCAAGCACAUGGCCUACGCUCGCUACCUGCGCAAUCAUCGCCUGAUCAACGAAAUCUUCUCGGAGGCCGUAGUGCCAGAUGUGCGCUCAGUGGUGACCACCACGCGGAUGCAGGUGCUCAAGCGGCAGGUCAGCUCGCUGACGAUGCACCAAACCAAACUGGAGGCGGAACUGCAGCAGAUGGAGGAGAAGUUCGAGGCCAAGAAGCAGCGCAUGGUGGAGUCCAGCGAGGCUUUCCAGGAGGAGCUGAAGCGCCACUGCAAGCCGGCUGUGGACGAGGACACGUUCCAGAAGAUGGUGCAUCGCAUGUACGAGGAUAUUAAGCGCGAUCGCCAGCGAUUGGAUGAGCCCAAUGCGAAUAACACGACGAAUCCUGCUGCAGCUGCCGCUCCCGCUGCCGCGCCCGUGACAAGGAGCGAGGAGACAACCAAGCCGCCAACGCAGCCGGGUCAGCCAGGUGCCACACCCGCUGCUCAAGAGGCGACGGCAGCGGCUCCAGCAGCUCCGGCCAAGGAGACUCCGCCGGCUGUGAAGCCAACCACACCCAAUCCCACGCCGAGUUCGACGCCCACACCUGCACCGGCGGUGCAUGUGCACGAAACUGCCAGCAAAACGGAUCCCGAGCCCAUGGACAUUGAGCCACCACCGAAGCCAUCGGUGCCGCCGCCACCCAUCAAGCCAGAGAAGCUGGAAAUGGCCGCUGCCCUGCCGCCGCAGUCAACGCUAGUCGAGCCACCUAAAACGGAACCCCCCAAAGUGGUGGCCCAGCCCGGCAAGGUGCCCACUCCAGUUCCGACACCCACACCGCCACCUGAGGUAGCUCCAGCGGCCGGAGCAGCUACUGCAGUGCCCACAACGACGACGACACCAACGCCACCGCCGGUGCAACAACAGGUGCCACUGCCACAGCAACAGGGCGGUCCAGCUCCUCCGCCCGGCAUGCCGCAGAUGCAUCCACAUCCCGGCCAUCCGCCACCCGGACAUUCCUUGAUGCCGCCGCACAUGGGGCCGCAUCAGCCGCCGCCGGGAAUGCCCGGUCUGCCGCCGCCACCUCCGCACACGGGUUAUGCCAACUACGGCGGACCACCACAUGGGCCACCGCCUGGACCACCCGGAGGACCAGCAAGACCGUAUUACCAGCCCCAGUACGGAGGACAUCCCACGCCACAGCCCUACUACGCACCGUUCUCGCCGUAUCAGCAAUCCUAUGGCCCGCCACCAGGCUCACACUACAUGUCACCGCGUCCGCCGCCACCGCAGCACAAUGGCAACCCCGGGCAUCCAUAUGCGCCGGAGCAUGGAAGCAAUCCACCGCCACCACAGCAGCAGCAGCAACAACAACCGCCACCAGGUCACCUGCACGAGCCGAGUGGUGGAGGACCAGGUGCCCCAGGCGGUGGAGCUGGCGCGGCAACAGCGGCGGCGCCUGGAGGCGGAGUGUAUCCCACUGCCGGGGCAGGAGCGGGACCAGGAGCACCUCCGGCAGCUGGAGGAGCACCGCUGGGCGAGGCAGCAGUAGCUGGGGGAGCUCCGCCCCCGGCAACGGCACCUGGCAAGCAUCCAGAGGCGGAGAAACACGAGGCGGACUAAGACAAGGAACCCCGCCACCCAGAUCCUAGUUGUAGUCCCUAACUUAUACAUGCAUCGAUCCCUGUGUUGUAACAUAGCUGUCCCCUCUUGAAACUCCGCCCCUGUUCGCUGUACACCGGAAGAAAAACAAGCGGAAUGCUCUAAACUUGAAACCCCUCUUAGGCGCCCAAAACUCCACAUCAAUCCCAUUCUCAAUUAAGUUUAACUCACUUUUUUUUCGCGAAGCCUAAUUUUAAUAUUUUAACAAUUGAGUGUGCGUCGCAUUCUGGACUGUAUGCUAAAUAUACAAAUAAAAUAAAUGUACGUUUAUAUGUAAAUGAACAAAUUUUUAAAUGUUCCGUACUCAUUUUGCAAUUUAUAUGGGUAUUUUGCUUGGUACUAAUUGAGUAGUUACAUACACUGCCAAAAAGAAGGUAAACAUCGCUAAAUUAAAUUUUAAUAAAUAUUUGCUUACUUUUUAACGUAUGUAUCUUAUAUGCGCUGUAUAAAUAUAAUCAAGUAAAUAUAAAAACAAACCCUUAACCCUACGUGGGUGCCUUAGCUUACGAACAAAUCGGCUUAUUAACCCUUAUUGGGUGCCCGAGCCACAGAACCGCCGCUAGAUGGCGCCACUUAAUGGCAGCCUUGAAACCCCAAAUCAAAGACAAUCAAAAAAGGGGGCAGAGCCAAAGCCACCCACACACACACAGAUGCAGCCAGCCAAACUUGCACACACAGAGACGAGCGGUUAACAGACACACACACACACGCACGCACGCAGCGAGAUUAACACACGUAAACAAAGCGAAUGACGUUUGGUUUCGAUUUUUGGAGUCAACUGUACCAUCGCCACCUAUCCACCUCCCUUUCGCACCCACUACUUCCAUUCCGUUUUCGCAGAAAAUAAAACAAUUUGUUGGUGUUGGGUUUUUUUGGUUUCUUCUAUAGAAAAAACCGUUUAUUUUUUAUUUUCUUUUUUUUUUUUUGCUGAUGUUUCCAGUUAUUUUUGCUGUUGCUGUCACUGAUUUUUUGUUUUUGUAUGUUCGUGGUGUUUGUUUUUAUAUUGGUUCUUGUAAGCUACGACGAUACGAUAUAGACACAUAUUAAGUCCGAUUUGUUUAAAUGUUCAAUGUGAAACUAGUUAUCGACACCAAUUUACAAGAAUAUGUAUAUAUAUAUGCAUGUUUAAGGGCGUUUACAAUUGAUUAUUUUGCACGUGUUUCAAACUACAAAUAUGUAAAUAUUGGGAAAUAUUCAAUGCUCUGCUCGGCUUUUACUGUGUAUUGUUGUGAUUUUGUCUUGGUUAUUUUUAUUCGAUGCUCUUCCAAAUCUAUAGAUGCGUACUUUAAUUUGAUUGCUGAAUCAUCUUUAUAUCUUUUCUCAUCUCCCGAUUCUUCUUCUUCAUCUUCUUCGACAUCGUCCGCCUAAACGUAUAAAAUGCAUGUAAAUCUAAAAUCUUAUUUAAUCAACUAUUUCUGUCACGCCCAUCCCUUCGUUAUAUAUAUAUAUAACUUCUAUAUAUAUAAUGCUCUGUAUAUGAUUUGCAGUAACGAAAGGUGAACAAAAGAAAGAGUAUUAAUGUCUAGUGCUUUUGCUUCCAUAAAGAUUUAUAUAUAUAUGUAUUUAUAUAUAUAUAUAUAUAUAUGUAUGUAUUUAUGUAUAUAUAAGCAUAUACGUAAGUGUAAAGUUAAGUGUACUCGAUUCGGUUUUCGGUGUUAUAUAUGGAUAUCAUCUUCAUAAAAGCCGCGUGCCUCCGGUUGCAUCGCCAGAUGGCCAUGCCCUCGCCGCCCAUCCAGAGAUCCGGGAAUCCCCGCCAGGCAGUCCGCCUUGCCACGUCCAGCUGGCGUUUGGUUGGCCCCGACCUCCAGGCUCCGCUCAUCCCGGCCGCCAGUUGGUGAGCCUCUCCUUGAUUGAAUGAAAGAAGGCGAGACAGGCGCCUUAAAGAUCACGGAUUACCUGGAAAUCGAAGCCCGCCAGCUGGACAAUUGUUGGAGUGGUUGGUGGCGGAUGUUGCAGACGGACAGACGACGACAGCUGCCCGGGGGAAUUCCCUUCCAAAUCGAAGAGGUGGACCCGGAUUUGGAGGGCAAGAUCCAUGGCGCAGCGUACACGAUCCAACCGUCGACACGCAGGCGAGAAAAAAAACUUAAUAACUAAUAUAUAAUAGUAAUAAUAAGAGUUACAAAUAUUGUUUAAGCAUUACAGUAAUGUUGUGUGUUGUUUUGUGUGUGGUAUUUCUCGCAUCGACAUCGCCACUCGGACGAUCCGAUUGAACAACAAAAGGAUGAUAAAUGUAUA